AUGCAAAUACUUCACGCGAUACCAUCCGGGUCGCGCGUGUGCCACGCAGCGCGCUUGACGAAGCGAGAUUCGACGAAUACUCGAGCGUUAUCCACCAGCUCGCCAUCCGUCCCGAUCGCUCCCGACGCCGUUCAACGCGUCGCUAGCGUCCCGUACAAGGACGGUUCGGUCGACAAGACGGUGCUGAUCAAUGACGCGGCGCGAGAGGCGAUUCGGGCGCACAAAGCGGAGCGAUUCGUCUCCAUCAUCGAUCCAGAGAGUGAAAAGCUCGGCGAGCUCCUCCGAGUCGUCGACGCGGGAUGGAACGCGAUCGGGGUCAAGGCGAAGAACGCUGGGCAUCAUACUCUGUGGCCCGAAGCGUUCGAGGCGGGGAAGGCGCUGCUCGAGGAAGCGUUUCCGGACGAGUGCGAUCCGAAGAACGGCGGCGAGGUGCUGAGCGGCGUCGCGUUCGUCAACGAGCGGGACAAGUACGACAGGGCGAUCGAUUUCAUGCAGCGACGAACGAAGGAGGAUUUCAUCAUGAGUAAAUAUAACCCUCUCGGCAGGUUACACCGAGAUCCGGACGCGAUCGAUUACAAGAGCCCGGGUUGGAUGGAGGCGGGGAUGGAGCGGAGCGAUGAGUACAGUUAUCGGUACUAUAACAUUUGGCUCUUGCGGUCGCCGAGGGAUCCCACGGGGCAGGCGUGGGAUAAGCCCCUGGUGGUGUUGCUCCCCAGAGACGGUGGUGCUCGAGAGUGGACGUACGACGUGCGAAGACCGGAGGAUAACGUCGAGGACGACGCGAAAAAGACGGCGGGGAGCCAGUUCAAGGCGACGAUGGAGAAGAUUCGAGCCAACCCGAUGAGCGCGGCGCCGAUGGUGAUGCAGGCGUUCAGCACGAAGAAGAAGGAGGAUAAAUUCGAGGUCCAGGACCCGAACUACAUGUCCAGAGGCUCUCCAGAGCUCGAGGCGAGCGACGAGCACGUGUGGAUCACCGCGCCGUACAUGAUAUUCGACUCUUUCGACAUGUGGCACGGCGCCGGGACGUGGGCGCCCGAGGACAAGCGCGACCUACGCAACGGCGCCCCCGACCCCAUCGCCGCCCGCAAAGACGCCAUCAAAGGGCGAGUGAGCAUCGAGCUCCGCUUCCGCGCUCGAUGCAAACCGAGAGAACGUCCCGGGACGCCGUUCAGUCCGCUGAGUUCGGCGUAUCGCGGCGGCGUCUUCACCCCAGCCACCGUCCGCCCAUCCGACGGCGCGUACGACCUCGAGCGCGGUCACGUCGUUCAAAACUAA